UGGACUUAAUCCAAACCCAUGAUCAGUGGGACUUCAACCCCAUCUGCUUCGCCCCAUCGGUGGGCCACCACAGCCCGGCGAACCCCACCACCCUGAUGAGACCCACCGCCGUCGACGCGCGGUAUUCGCACGAGCUAUCGGAGUGGAUGGAGCAAGUGGUGAAGAACUUAUCCGAACCGUCCCCGGACGUUCCACCGGUGGAGAACGGUGAGUGGCGGCCGAGGAAGAGUGCGAGGAGAGACUACGGAGGCGUCGAUAUAAAUAUCAACGGUGAGGAUGAUCUCCACUGGGUGGGACAUCAUCAAAACUCUAGUGAGAAUAUGGGAAAAGGUUUAAGUAGGUUAGAUGAACAUGGUUUAAGUCUACUUACACUACUCCUAGAGUGUGCUGUGGCUAUUUCUGUGGACAACCUAUCAGAAGCUAAUAGAAUGUUGCUUGAGCUAACCCAAAUGGCCUCACCAUAUGGACCAUCUUGUGCUGAGAGGGUCGUGGCUUACUUUGCUAAGGCCAUGGCUAGUAGGGUCAUGAACUCAUGGCUAGGAAUCUGCUCACCGUUAAUCACUCACAAAGCUGUCCUUGGCGCCUUCCAUGUUUUCAACAACAUCGCACCGUUCAUCAAGUUCGCACAUUUCACAUCGAAUCAGGCAAUCUUAGAGGCUUUCCAUCAGCAGGACCGUGUCCACAUCAUCGACCUUGAUAUCAUGCAGGGACUUCAAUGGCCAGCAUUGUUCCACAUCCUCGCGACAAGGAUCGAAGGGCCACCGUAUGUACGUAUGACUGGAGUGGGUUCAUCGCUCGAUGUACUGGAGGAGACGGGGAGACAGCUAUCCAGCUUUGCUAAGCGGCUUGGGAUGUCGUUCGAGUUUCAUCCGAUUGCUAAGAAGUUCGGUGACGUGGAUAUCUCGAUGGUGCAAGUUCGACGUGGAGAGAUCGUGGCUGUUCAUUGGCUGCAGCAUUCGUUGUAUGAUGCGACGGGGCCUGAUUGGAAGACAAUGAGAUUGAUUGAGCAGCUGGGGCCUAGGGUCAUUACGCUCGUUGAACAGGAUCUAGCUCAUGUGGGGACAUUUCUCGACCGUUUUGUAGGAUCGCUUCAUUACUACUCGACGAUCUUUGAUUCGUUGGGAGCGUCGUUGCCGUGCGAUGAUCCUAGCCGUCACCGUGUUGAGCACUGCCUCCUUUCAAGGGAGAUUAAUAACAUACUCGCGAUCGGUGGGCCGGCUCGAAGUGGGGAGGAUAAGUUCGGGAGCUGGCGAAUGGAACUGGCGCGCCAUGGGUUUACACAAGUAGGGAUGAGUGGAAAUUCCAUGGCUCAAGCUCAGCUCAUACUCAAUAUGUUCCCUCCAUCACAUGGGUAUACCAUUCAUCAGGGAGAUGGGACUCUUAGGCUUGGGUGGAAGGAGACCAGCUUGUACACGGCUUCAGCUUGGACAUGUAACUCCUUUAGAUAGCCGUUGGAUGUUUUGUACCAUUUGGGCCCCACUUUGAUUGAAUCAUGUUUUGUGUGUGUCCAUAUUCAACUCAUUGCUUCUUUUUUCUUUUCUU